AUGGAGGCGGCUAUCUCGGCCAAGAAAGCCGAGAUCAGCUUCCUGGAGGGUCGCAUCGACCCGAAGUUUAUCUUCGAGCGGUACAAAGACUCCGUCGCCAAGCGAUGGGCCGAUGUCCGCGCACGUUCUAAAGUACCUAUCACGUCGUAUCGAAACGCGGAAGGGAAACCCUGCACCAUCGAGCAUGCGGCGGGGGUGCACGUGGAUAAAUGGGAGGUCGAUCCCUCAGUCCUAUCAGAGUUUAACUACCUGAUCAGUGACCUGUACCCGAUCGCUCGUCGCUGCAUCACCAUCGUCGAGAUGCGCGACUUCGCAAUGCAAGCGAAGAUCGAGAAGAAGAAGGCCACUGAGAAGUCGGCUGACGUCGAGAUGGCCGACGCGACCAAACCCGGUCCGUCGAUCCAGAGCCUGGUGGACAAAGCUGUCGCCGGACGCGUCAAGCCGCUUGAGGGGAAGCUGAACAAGCUCUCGGUCAAGGGCGGCAAGACCCUCAACAAGAACCUCGUCGUGCGAAAGACCGUCGCGAAGGCGUCGACCAAGAAGUCGACGGGCCCCAAGCCGGGGCCUUCGAAGAAGACCACCCCCAAGCCGAGCGGCGGGAAGGACCCCAAGGGCAAGCGAAAGGCCGGUACGUAUUCGGCCGCCCUCGCACCCUUCCCGACGCCGUAUUAA